GCCUUUUUGCCGGUCCUACAAGUUGAGAUCAACACCCCUCGCCUUGCAUCAUGCUGUCGCGAGGACUCCUUCUUCUGAGGUUUUUUUGCCCGCCGCCAGCCCAAGAUGCUGCCCUCUUGAACGAUUCGAGUUUCAUUAACACCUUUAUACUAUACACCGGCUACACCCAUUAGGCUUCUAAAUUGUUGCGCGGCUUGCGAUACGCGACCAUUGCUAUUGACGCGAAUACCCGUUUGCCUCAAUACAUCUUAUACUUCUACCACCGAAUUUAAUCAUAAUGUCUAUCACUUCUACUACCACUCGACGGCGAGAAACCACGGUGCCUACCACGUUACGCACAGAGCCAACAGCCCUACGCGUAGACACCGCUCUACCCACCAGUCUUACAUUAGAGUUCGCUCUCCUCGACCUCGACUCGGUUGCACCUACCCCAAGCGCGACCGCUACAAACGUAUCGAUCCACCCAAACACCACAAGCCGGGUUGGCGGUUCUGUCGAGACAUGUUCUGCCGACAAUGAUUGCUCAAUAGGCAAGACAUGCACUGGUGGGAAAUGUGUUGGCGUCCAUGAUGCUGCUCCACUUGGAGGAUCAGGUACAGAGCCAACUUCACACUUGAACACAGCGUCAGCUAUUGGGAUUGGCGUGGGAGUAGUGGCUUUGAUCGCGCUACUGAUUGGAAUUGGCUUUUGGUUCUGGAGGAUUAGAGGAAGACGGCAGCCCGACAAAUCGAUAGAAUCCCCUUCGUCGAAUCGUGACAAGUCCCCUCCGAAGGCGACACGGUGGACGGUUGACAACGAUCAGAAAACGCUAGUGGCUUCAUUGCCGAAUAGCCCGUACAAUGCAGGAUUCCAUCAACAGCAGAAAAUGACCCCCGAAGGGUUCGCAAAAGCUUUGGACCAUAUGGGUGAAGCAAGGUCAAUAUCAACGGAGAAGGCACUUCCACGUCCACCGCCGACCGAGAAUCCUCUCCCAUCUGCACCCUCAAUAUCGGCCAAUCUGCAGAGACCAGCGUCGAGCAAGUGGAGCUCGGAGUACGAACUUGAACGGUUUUCGAAUCUGAGAAACUCGUCAACCCCUCAGGAUCCAAGAGUAACCACGAUUUCGGAGCUCGAGCGCAAAUCGGCAUUACUCUCAUUACCUGACCUUCCACCGCCAAGCCCAAGCCCAAGUUCUCGUUCCUACGGCUGGUAUCAAGAUAUCAUAGGAGAACAGCAAAAUGCUGAGCCUCCAAGGUCCAUUUUGCCCAACGGCAACUCCGCGCGGAUACCUACUCAAGCAAAAUUCUCAGUCUCGUCAUCCCUUUCUCCGAAAAUCCUAGAGGGGGACCCUACUCUUGUACCCGAACCUUUAUCCCCAGCUGUACCUCCAUCUCUUGCUACACUCCGCCCAAAGCCAGUCACAGCAAUACCUUCGAGCCCUACGAACACAAAUCUCCGGUUAUCACCAACUACUUACCAAAUGUCAUCGCAAUCGCCAGUGCCGCCAAACCUACCGGCACCACCACCACCACCAAAGACAACCAGUGUAUCUAUGCUAAGCACAAUGACACCAAUAAAUUACUCUCCUCUUUCCUGAGAUAUCACCAAGAUCACCGACCAACUUCUUAGGAUGUUGCGUUGUUUUUCGAUGCUUGCAAGCUUGACCAAGUCUCCUCAAGGGCUUUCCACUUGCCCAAUUUCAAGCACAGAGUUCUUUGGAGUCGUCAAACAUGCUAGACACAUCCACUGCCAUCGCAGCGCACAAAUCGCGGCACGAUGUGACGUUGUGAUCAACCUUCCUUGACUGCGUGUAUUAAAAUCCAUCUAAGCAUUCUCAUCCUCAAGAUACAAACGGUUGCGUUCCGACUUCCAACCAAUGAUUGUAUUUCUUUGCAUGUGGGUCCAGGCUAAAACAGAGACGACCGAGUCUUGCAUGUGCUACCAUCCGACUAUGGAG